ACUAGGUAUUAGCCGUUAGCUUGCUGGCUAGCUCGUCACAGCGCCUUCUUGGAGAGAGGGAGUUAGUCUCGACAGUUCACCGAGAUAAACCAGAUGUCGACACAUCUGAAGUAAUUUAUGUGUUUCCUCUGUGGGCUAUGUGCCGUCCUGCAGUCCUUUCGGUACUUUUAUUUAGCGAAUCGCUCCAGUUUUGUGUCGUUUUAAGUUGAAUAUCCUAUCUCCUGCGCUGAGCUAUGCGGCUGGCCUGCUGAGAUUCCAGGUCCUUGAUCACUGAAUGAGGUCUGGUAUUCUCUUGGUCCAGUCCUCUGUGUGGAGUUGAGAUGGGCCAGCAGAUUUCUGGCCAGGCAGUGAUGAGCAAACUGCCUGAGAAGCUCAUCAAACAUGCGGGACUCGUUCGGGACAGUGGCUACCUAACUUACGAUGAGUUCUUGGGCCGGGUCGCAGAGCUUAAUGAGGUCACUGCCAGGCUGGCGGCUGGCCAACAGAAGCAUCUCCUAUUUGAGGUGCAGCCGGGAUCCGACACUUCUGCGCUGUGGAAGGUGGUAGUGAGGGUCGUGUGCACGAAGAUCAAUAAAGAGGACGGUAUGGUAGAGGCCUCGCGCAUCAUGAACCUAUACCAGUUCAUCCAGCUUUACAAGGACAUCACCAGCCAGGCUGCGGAAGUGUUGGCGGGGGAGGGGUCAGCUGAGCACGCGUUGGGACAGCCUCCCACAGCAGACUCCUGCCGCGCCAGCAUGUGGAUGUGCAGGGUGAAGCAGCUUACUGAUGAAGAGGAGUGUUGUAUCUGCAUGGAUGGGAAAGCCGACCUUAUCCUGCCCUGUGCACACAGCUUCUGUCAGAAAUGCAUCGACAAGUGGAGUGGCCAGAGUCGAAACUGCCCCAUCUGUCGUAUUCAGGUGACUGCUGCCAAUGAAUCCUGGGUAAUGUCUGAUGCCCCUACAGAGGAGGACAUGGCCAGCUACAUCCUCAACCUAGCUGACGAGGCUGGUCACCCCCACAGACCUUAAACUCCAGAAAUGUCAUAUUCAAACACAUUUCACACAUUUCCUUUACUACACUGGUUUCCUGAUUGUUAAAGGCUAUUUUAAAUGAUGAAUUGUGUGAUGCGUAUCCUCUUAUGUUCUCCUUUUUGCAUUCAUUCCUGGCAAUAACCACAUAUAUUUAUGUAGUGUUUUCUAAUGUGCUUAACCUACUGAUUUCUCAGCCUAUGAAAUGACAUCACAGUAUUUAGCUGCUCAACUUUUGAUUUCUUGUGUACUGUUUCACUGUGUCAUUUUUCACUUUUUUUUAGUUUAAUGCAUUAUUGCACUUAAUCUGCCAAUUGCUAUGUAGAGGAAUUAAAAUGAGGGGAAAAUAAAUUAAGAUGUGGCUCCGUUCUCUACUAACACAGUGCAAUUUGUGACUCAUUGAUAAUUCUCCAUUUAAAGGAAUACCACCUUGUCUUUAUAAUUCUCAAAUGAGUUUGAAGUAAUGAGCACUAGUGUCCGUAUAUGUGUACACACACACACACACACACACACACACACACACGGUAUCUGAAUAAUACUUAUAAAAGGUGUCCUUGCAUAAUUGAAGUGCUACCGUUUGCUAUGUACCAUGCAUAAAGCACUAUUUGUCUUGUUCAUGCAGGGUUACCAGUGUGAUUAUAUGGCUCAAAUCAUAACGCAGUCGUGCUUCUGGAAAACGUCACUCGAUGCAUCACUUACUGGUUACUAAGGGAAGUGUAGAACUGGCAUUUUAUCAAGAAAAAUCUAAAUUGUGCUCAACUGAUUAGUCUAUGAAAUUAUUCUAUUUAAAAAUGUGAUUGUCACUGGUUGGUGAAGGGUUUCCUUAUAUAUUGUUUGUUGCUCAAAUGUUUAUAGUAGUGAGUUAAUUUUGUAAAUACACAAGUGAUUGAACAUGUUUGUUGUGUGACCAGUGAUAUUAAUAGUAAUUAUUAGCUUAUAAAUAUACAAGAUCUAUAUUUUUUGACAUGAGAUCAUAACCUAUUAUUAAUCUAGAAUUUUUAAAUGUAUAAGUAGACAGUCUAUACUGUACUUUUUGUUUUGUUGUUAACCUGUCCGUCCAUCAGGUUUCAGUAUUGAGCUGCAUUAAUAAAGGUAUCACUUUUAUAAUUCA